AUGAAGUUGCAAGUCGCCAUGACCCUCGGAGCUCAAGCAGCGUCUGCAGCGCUCUUUUCCAACUGGCCAGCAAUAUCCGCCGGCCCUUUCGGUUCCGACGUAGAUUUCCGACAUAAUCAGUCAGACGAGAUCUACCGGAAAGCUAUCACCAGCCCGAAUGCGACGCGAUCAGUCAAAUUUCACCCUUUCUCCAACAGCCUCAGGGGUGCAGAUGGCGAGCCUGCGGAAUGGACGUGGAGAGUUAACAUCACGGAGUUUUCCCUGCCUGCCGGCAUCAACAUCACGGAUAUAGCCAGCGAAAACGCAACCUACAUCGAGAACCCCACGCAUGUCAGUACAACUUACGACUUCCAAUGGCCUGGUGGAGGAACCCUGUCGAAAGCACUGGGCGACUCUUCGGCACCGUUCUGCAUCUCCAUCUCCAAUACCAUAAUGUACCCCGCAAACGUCACGAACCUGUAUACGGACGAAGACACCUCGAGCACGGAUUGCGAGCCCGUUCUAGGGGCCGACUGCGUCCGCGCGAUCUUGACUAAAGGUGAUAACUUCGUGGGCAGCUCCAAAACCAAGUGCAACGGUAUUGGAACUGCAUGGAGCUCCCUGCCCGAGUGCAGCGGGACAUUGGGAUACGCCGUGAGAGAGAACCUGGACGAGAAGGUUCUCAAACUCAGCAAUAGCCAAGGCAUCCUGACCGUAAACAUCAACACCAACUCUGACAACGCCCCGAAGGCAGAUUCGUCAGCGGAAAUGAACCAGACGUAUGGCAUCACGAGUGGAAAGGGGUUCUCGGGCUUUCACAGCGGAGUGGUUUCAGCGUCUGAGGCCGCCAGCAUUUACGAGGCGUCUGAGAACUCGUUGCAGAUUCUUAUGAUCAGCCACGGCUUUAACUCGACUGGGGAGGCUGGAAAGGAAUUGCUUUGCAUGAGGGUGAACACGUCGAGGGUGGCGGACGAGAACGGUGACGGGCAGAAUGCGGGCGUCAGGUCAGAAUGCCAUGUUGCCUGGACUAUGGCGAUUGCAGGGUUGACAGUUCUCUUCGCUUGCCUUAUAUGA